AUGGAGGAGUACAAGGAAGAUAACGUCCAUUACAGCAACAACGAAAAUAACAACAAGAGGAAGCGAGUCUCCGAAGACAACUCGGACGAUUCCGACUCGGCCGAGUCUAAACUCUCCCGAGUUGACUCAGCCAACUCGGAUGAGAACUCUGCCGGGAUGAACGCUGUUGCUGCUGAUGCGUCCAACUCGGAUGACUCUUCCGGUAUGAACUCGCCGGCUGCGAAGCGUAUUCAGGACGAUUUGUUUAGCAGCAUUCUCGACGAGUCCGACCCUGACCCGGCCAUUCAGGGGCUGGAUUCGGUGAUUAAGAGCUUCGAAGAGGAGAUUCUCUUCCCAUGCGAGCUGCCGCCGGUGGUGACGUCAGAUUCCGGAGAACAGAGGCCUGAGCUAGGUUAUCUUCUAGAAGCUUCCGACGACGAGCUCGGCUUGCCUCCGGCUUUUUCGGCCGGAGACGAGCAGAAUGCCGGAGAAGCCAUUGAUUUGAAGGCGAGCGGACCUGAGCUGGCCGUUGCAUUUGAUAAUAUCGGGUUAGGUUUUGACGACGGAAUUCUGAGUUACGACGCGUACAAGUUCGGAAUCGUUGGUGACUCGGAUAAUGACAACGUCUCUCAUGAUUUUAUUACACUAGGGGGAGGUUUAUUCGAUAGUUAUGAACCAGCCGAAAUCUCGGAAUACACGUGGCGGCAAGAGUCACUCUCAGCUUCGUAA